AGUUGAAAUUCCACACCUGCUAGAUUUUAAUUCAUUCUGUUUGAUUUAUUUUCUCCUAUGGAAAAUGUCAAGGAAAAAUACAUAGGAAAAAUUGGAAUCACUAAAUUCAUUGUUUUAGAAUGAAAGCGUACCAUGUUUCGAAAUAUGUAUUGCAAGACAUAAAUUGCCAGGGGAUUAGUGUUUGACAUAGGCAUGUGCCUAAACAUUGGUUUUAUCUUGUUUGAAGACCAUGUGUGCCUCAUCUAUUGGUUUGUGGCUGUGGGGCAUUUGUUUAUUUUAGAAAAACAUAGUCUGUUCUUUAUGCAUUUGUUUAAUUCAAAUGUUAAAUUUUUAGGCACAUGAUGUUUAAUACCAAGAUUUAAAAAUGAACUUUGCUGCUCUGAUCAAAUCGUAAUAUUUUCAUUUCAGUCAUUCUUUUCAAUACUUGUUCAAAAAAAUAAAAAAAAUAAAAAAAAAUCAUUCGUUUCAAUACCACAAUUUUAACUAGGUGACAAUGUCUGCCCUUGGAGAAAUAUUCGAAGCUGCACGUGCCAUAAUGGGUUGGCUUGGUGAUUGUGCAAAGAUUAUUGCUUCAGAAAAUCAACCAGUGCGUUGGACAACUCCUCUAGGUCUUCCUGUUGUGCAACCCUACUUUAAAACUGAACGGCAUGUUAUAAGAACUUCUCUUCAGGUGUUGGCUUUGCAGCGUGAGGGUGACUCUGUAAGUACAUAUCAUCAUUUUGUCAGAAAUUCUCCCAUCUCUUUUCCGACACCGUCGUUGCCAUAA